GGACCUCAGACCUCUCGGGAGAGCGCGGCGCAGUGUGAUGCAGAUUAAAAAUCAAGAAAUUUAAACCAGAUGCAGCAGUUUCUUGACAUGGAGAACCAAGCCCAUAAUACAGUGGGAGCUUCUCCUUGUGAGGCCGAACUUCAGGAAUUAAUGGAACAAAUUGACAUCAUGGUAAGCAAUAAAAAACUGGACUGGGAAAGGAAGAUGCGGGCUUUGGAGACAAGAUUAGAUCUCCGGGAUCGAGAACUGGCAAAUGCACAAACGUGUUUGGAUCAGAAAGGUCAAGAGGUGGGGUUACUUAGACAGAAGUUGGACAGUCUGGAAAAAUGUAAUUUAGCAAUGACUCAGAAUUAUGAAGGACAACUACAAACCCUAAAAGAUCAAUUUUCCAAACUAACUAAUAACUUUGAAAAACUGAGAUUACACCAGAUGAAACAAAAUAAAUUUCAACGACAAGAGUCACCACACCUCAAAGAAGAAAUACCCUUUGAACUGACCAAUUUGAACCAGAAGUUAGAGGAAUUUAGAGCAAAGUCAAGAGAAUGGGACAAGCAAGAGAUAUUAUAUCAGACUCAUCUGGUUUCUGUAGAUGCUCAACAAAAAAUAUUGUCUGAGAAGUGUAAUCAAUUUCAGAAACAGGCACAAAGUUACCAAACUCAACUAAAUGGUAAAAAUCACUGCACAGAGGACAGCAGCUCUGAAAUUCCUCGGUUGAUAUGUGAACCAGAUCCCAACUGUGAAACGAAUGAAAGAGAUGAAUUCAUUAUUGAAAAAUUAAAAUCAGCUGUGAGUGAAAUAGCAUUAAGCCGGAAUAAGUUACAAGAUGAAAAUCAGAAGCUCUUACAAGAACUGAAAAUGUACCAAAGACAGUGCCAGGUCAUGGAAGCAGGACUCUCAGAGGUAAAAAGUGAGUUACAGUCACGUGAUGAUCUCUUGAGAAUUAUAGAAAUGGAACGAUUGCAGUUGCACAGGGAAUUAUUAAAAACAGGAGAGUGCCAAAAUGUUCAAGAAAAUAAAAAAAGACAUGAAUCAUCUUAUUCGCUUUCUAUUAACGAAUCAGAAAAGAAAAGGAAAGAGAUGUUUUCAGUAGCCCCAGAUCAACCAAAUCAAGAAAAAGAACUGAGUAAGAUAAGAAGCCAGCUCUAUCAGGAAGAAGAGCACCAUAGCUCUGAGCAGGAAAGAAUGAGGAAUGAAAUCUCUGACCUAACAGAGGAGCUUCAUCAGAAGGAGAUCACUAUAGCAACUAUCAUGAAGAAAGCUGCCUUUCUGGAGAGACAGUUAAAAAUGGAGCUAGAAAUAAAAGAAAAAAUGUUAGCAAAACAACAGGUCUCAGAUAUGAGAUACAAAGCUGUCAGAACUGAAAACACACAUCUAAAAGGAAUGAUGGGAGAUUUAGACCCCGCACGGUACAUGAAUAUGAACUUCACUAACAGGGAACAUUCAAGGCAUACAUCUAUUAACAAAUUGGAAUAUGAGAAUGAAAGGCUCCGAAAUGAUCUUGCAAAACUUCAUGCCAAUGGAAAAUCAGCAUGGACUAAUCAAAACACCUAUGAAGAAAUGGGACAGUACGCCUAUGAAAGCCAAAUAAAAAUGGAAAAAAAUGAAGAUAGACUUAGCCAAGAUUGUGAGCCAGAGAGAAGUGCAACGCCUCCAUUGCCACCUCUGCCAUUUCAAACCAAAGAAAUGACAAGUCCUUUGGUUAGUGAUGAAGAAGCAUACCCACUGUCUCCCCCAGAUAUAUCCUUCCCUACUUCUUUUGCUGCACAGCAUUUCCUUCUGGAGGAAGAGAAGCGAGCAAAAGAACUCGAAAAACUUCUAAACACACAUAUUGAUGAACUGCAAAGACACACAGAAUUUACUCUUAAUAAAUACACGAAGCUAAAAGAAAAUAGACACAUAUGAGCUUUUACACUUUUUUUGUUUCCCUCACCCCAUGAAAAAGAGUUCUGGCAAAAUAUUUACAAAGCUGAUUAAUGAAACUGAGAAAUUUUGUUCUGUUUUCUUGAGUAAAUUAUUUCUGUAUGGCAGCUAGAAAAUAGUAAGUAUUUUGUUUGAUAUAGCUGUUUGUAUUUCUGCAUUAACAUAAUAAAUUGUUCAGCUGUAGAGUUAUAAAAUAAACAUGACUACUCCAAAAGAGAUUGUUUUUCCAGUCAAAGGAAUAUUUUGGAAUUAAAUACGCAGUUUUUACUCCCACUUGAAUUGUAUACUGAAAACCGAUUUUCUCUGUAACAACACAAAAUGAGGGACAGGGAAGUGCUAUAAUUCCAAAUGUAAACGAAUCAAGUGCAGCUCAGUUGUACUAGGUUCGAAAACUCAAGGAUUUUUAAAAAUGAAAAGAACAAAAGUAUUUUGAGCUAUAUAAACAUCCUAAAACUUAUUUUAGAAAAAAAAAGAUCUAGUGUUACCGUUUCUAUAUUUAUCUUUAUAAUGUUUUAACACAUGGAAUGUACCGUUUACACACUUAAAGUGUGCCACAAGUUAAUAUUCUCCUGUUAGCACUAAGUACUUCAUGAACACGAAUAAGAUAAAGAAAAUAUAAAGCAUUAUUAUUGUUACAUUCUCCUUUGUACUACCUCUGUUUUUGUUUUUAAUACAAUAAAGGAAUGUAA